AUGGAUUCCACCGUCAUCCCUUUCAUCGCAUUCGACACCUCGGAAAACGACGACGGGUACUUUUUUGAUCUUAUUGAUCAACUUAACCUCGACGUUGUGCAGCCGGAGGGAUCGUCGGAUAUCCCUACAGUUGGUCUUGAGCAACCCCAAGGCCUCAAUACCUCUCAAGGCCUACAGGGCGCUCUCGGCGUUGAAGCGCCCGCUGGAAAUACGUCGACGAUUUCCAACAUCAGUGCCCAUGACAGGCACUCAACGUCAAACUCCGCCGCACAAGGCGCAAACGUCAACAUCCCUGAUGUCCCUCCGACGUUUAAUCUUGUCGGCGAAAACCAAGGCAUUAACAUUCCAAUGCCUCCCGAACCCAUAAUCGUACCUCUAUCCUACCUACGUCCUGUGUACGGGGGUUACAUCAACGGCACAAACGUCGGCAAUCCGACGGUACCCCAACCUAUCAACGGUGGUGUAUAUGCACCCUCCACGACGCGGCAAGCCGCAUUCUCGAAUACACAUUCGGAAAACCGGUCACGGCGAAAGAGAAGCCGGUCUAGCUCACCGUCAGCACGGCCGGAGACGACUCGGAAACGGCCAAGGCCCAUUCGCUUCGUCCACGACGAGCUGUCCAUGCCUGCGAAUUUCCGAGCGAACCCGGAUAACCAUGGCCGCUUCCAAUAUACUGCGACCGGGAGACGGAGGUACUUGAACGGGCCAGAAGCCGUGCAGGAACGGCGCCGUCGUAGGGAAGCUCUGGUUUUGAUCGGCGGGUCACUAGAGGGAUGUGAAGGGUUGUUUCAUGUUUGA